AUGGGAGACCUUCAGCUGUGCUGGAUGGGAGAUUUUAAACAACUGAAGCAGUUUAUAAACGAAAAUAUUGAGUUAAAUGCUGUAUGGAAUUCACCAGGCGGAGACAAGAAAACAUACAGUGACGGCCACACUUCAAUAUCGUGGCGGAAAAACAAGAAAGUCUUGCAAAUAGAGGGUAAAGAGAAGGACCUGAUUAAAUCUAAGUUAUGUUCAGUGUUAUGCAAUGUACAUUCUCAUAUCCUGGCAAAGGAAUCCGUUGCUACAGACGAGGGAAGCGGAAAUUCCUCCCUGACAUUAUCUGGGCUGUCUGCUGAUAUGGAAGGCAUAAAACUCGAUACCGUGAUUUGUGAAAGAGAGAUUGAAACCAACAGACAUACUAUUAGAAAUCUCGAAGACCGCCUUAAUAAAGUAAGUGGCAACUUCGAAGAAGUUAGUAAUAAACUUGAUAAUAUGAAAGAACUAUAUUUUCCACAUAACCAACAUGUGUCUCAAUCUGCCCCAUUAUUUGAAUAUUCUAAUUUGCUGGAAAAAGAUCUCCCACGGCCGAAAACUCUUUGUUAUGAUAAAUCGACCAGUACAAAAGAUUUAAUCGUAAACAAUCAGAAUCAGAUUACUGUUGACGAAUUACAUCUUUCCCCAACAGGUUUAGCACCCAUGUCAACAUAUACAAGCGUGAAUAGUACGUGUGCAGUACAAAUAUUAAAACCGUCGAAGCAUGCAAUUGUAAACCACAGUGAAAAACAGAUUAAUCAGUCAUCUGCGACUAAUACCUUUGUUUCGAAUUUAAUCCCAAGAACAGUUACUAAUUCAACUUAUUCAAAUGAAUUUAAAAGAAGACAGAACUUCUGUUUUAACUUAUUAAACAAGGGCGGCCCGACUGAAGAAGGCUGCCACAACAACAAUAAUAAUCCACCUCGAGUGCAAUGUAAGGAUCUGCAUAAACAAGACAUUAACCAUGCUAUCCCCACACGCAUUACCUAUCGUAUUCCAUCUAAGGUUAGAGCAAAUCGUCAACAGGGUUUUCGGCCGAGUUAUGCACGCCGACGGGCAGACUGGAUACAGCACCUGGAUUUGGUGCACCGUAUACUGAAUCCUUUAAUGGAAAUCGCAACCCCUGUAUGGCCACAACAUCCUACCUACCCCCCUUUACCACGAUCACAACCCCAGGGUUCCCUGUCACCAAAACGCUAGAGAUAACUCCAACAUCUUAUAAUAUCCCUGUGGUGCCAAUUUUCAAAGAUUUAAAUAUCCUAGACAUUUUCAAAAUCAAUGACUAUUUAACUGCCUUAUUUAUGUUUCGAUACCACCACCUUAACAAUUUACCAGAUUUCUUUAAAAAUUAUUUUGUAACAAACAACCAAAUUCAUGAACAUAACACGAGAAAUGCAUCAAAACUUCACAAAUGUUAUAAAAGAACAAAUUAUGUAAAACACACUCUCUCAAAUAAAGGAGUUGAUGUAUGGAAUUCGUUAGAAACAAAACUUAAUGAAGUAAACUCCUAUAACGCCUUUAAAAAGAGAAUUAAACAACAUUUUUUGCCAUACACAAUUACCAAUAUAUAAAACAUACUUCUCUAAUGUAUAUAAUGACAUAUACUUUAGUCUAUUGUAGCCCAACAUUGUCAUUGUAAAAUUAAAUGCAUCUACAACAUUACUAUUAAUUUAUAUAAUACGAACAUUCCCACUUCUUUUUCUCUCUUGUAAAUAUAGUGUAUAUACUUCAAAACUUUCUGAUUUUAAAUAUUAUGUAUUGUUUGACUGUAAAUAAUCGAUUAUGUGAUAAAACGAACAGUAACUAGAGACCUAAAAUAAAAAGUCUAUAAAGAUUUCUAGUAGGUCUCUAGCCCAACAUCUUCAAAUUAUUGUAAUAUAUUUUAAGUAGAUUUUUAUACAUGGGAAAAUAAUUUAAAAAAAAAAAAGCGCAAAAAUUUUGCUAGAGAUCCUGUUAAGUCGAAUUGCCGUAGCCACGUAAAGUUUAAUUGUAUUGAAAUUAACACGCACCAAGUAAAGAAAUGCCCUCUCCCUUCCCUCCUUGUGUCAAAUGUCUGUCACAUCACCAAUAAGGUGACUGAACUAUCUGCUGUUAUUUCCAAUAACAAAUCAACAAUAAAUUUGAUAGUAGAAUCAUGGUUAACAGACGACGUUCCCAAUAGCUUUAUAAAUAUUGGCGACAACUAUCUUAUUUUUCGUCUUGAUCGACCAACACCCGGGGGUGGAGUUCUAGCGUACAUCGAUAAAUCGGUACCAGUAUCUCGUCUGCCAAAUCUUGAAGAAGCUGGAAAAGAG